AUGCCCGGAGUGAAAGCAGGUGGGAUAGAACACACCUCAUGCGUGGGCUCAGAGAGGGUCCGAGGCCGUACGGAUCAUCUGACUAACAUGGGUGUUCUCCAGCUCCACAACCCCACCCUUCCCGCCACGCUCCUGCAGAGGGCCAAUCAUAUGCGUCUGUCAGGAACGCUGUGUGACGUCAUCAUCACGGUGGACGGCCAGGAGUUCCCGGCCCACCGCACCGUCCUGGCCUGCACCAGCAAGAUGUUUGAGAUCUUAUUCCACCGCAGCAGCCUGCGCUACGCUCUCGACUUCCUCUCCCCUAAGACCUUCCAGCAGAUCCUGGACUACGCCUACACAGCCUCCCUGCAGGCCACGGCCGAGGACCUGGAUGACCUGCUGUACGCCGCUGAGAUCCUGGAGAUAGAGUACCUGGAGGAGCAGUGCCUCAAGGUCCUGGAGACCAUCCAGUCAGAGGAGAAGCAGGACCACCUGAGUCUGAGUGGGAGGAAUCACGUGUCUGGAGAGAGCGAACAUGGCAGGGCAAGGCACUGGAGGAACAUGCUAAUCUCCAAGAAGCAUUCCAUGCAGGAGGGUGGUAUCAACCCCACUGCCCUGCACCACCUGGCACUGUACCACAUGACUGACAGGAGUCCCUCUGGGCCAGGGGGACUACCUAUGGGGCUCCCUGUAGCCAGCCACACACAAGAUGGAGGGGUUAGUCUGGAGGGCCAAGGUCAGUCUCUACUGCAGUACAGCCUCAAUGGAGCCCAGGACCCCUCCCUGCCUCUGGCUAAGAGGAUAAAGACAGAGGACAAUAACAUGCAGGUGGAUGAAGCCAAUGGCUACGAGGGCCGGUCCUCCAGCGGAGGGGAGGGGGGCUGUGAGUCGGACCAGCCCAGAGAUGAGGGCCCGGGGACCCCCCAAAGAGGCAGUGUCAUCACCUCUGCUAGAGAGCAGCACUCGGGCCAAGAGGAGGGGGGCAUAGUGGGGAACAACUCUCCUCUGGACAGUUUCCCUGGGCUGGCUGAGAAACACCUGGCCUCCCUCUACUCCUCCAUGCCCUCCAACCACAUAGGGGAGGGGGGGCUGCCUAUGACCAUGUCGGUGGCCCCUUCCCUGGCCAUGUCCCUGGACCUGAGGGCCUAUGGGGGGCUGCUGCCCCAGGGCCUGCUCCACAGGGAGAUCCUCAGCAGGCUGGGCCAGUUUGCAGCAGGGAUGAGGCGGGAGGGCCAGAGUCAGACUCAGAGCAGUGGGGACUGUGGUCUCCAGCUUCACGACAGAGAGGACAUGGAGCAACACAGGAAGUUGCACAGUGGAGGAGAGAAGGGACACGGCUGUGAGUUCUGUGGCAAACGCUUCAUGGACAGUGUACGGCUCAGGAUGCACAUGCUCUCUCAUUCAGCUGGAGCUGAGGCCCUGGUGUGUGAUCAAUGUGGAGCUACAUUCUCUGCUGAAGACGCUCUGGAGGCCCACAGACAGACACACACAGGGACAGACAUGGCAGUGUUCUGUCUGCUGUGUGCCAAGCGGUUCCAGACCCAGAAGGCUCUGCAGCAGCACAUGGAGGUUCAUGCAGGGAUGCACAGCUACGUCUGCAGCCACUGUGACCACCUCUUCCCCAGCCACACCACCCUCAAACGCCACCUGCGCUCACACACAGGUGACCACCCGUUUGAGUGUGAGUUCUGUGGGAGCUGUUUCCGGGACGAUGGCAUGUUGAGGGGACACAAACGUAUCCACACAGGAGAGAAGCCUUACGAGUGUAACGGCUGUGGUAAAAGGUUCAGCCUCAAGCACCAGCUGGAGACCCACUACCGCGUACACACAGGUGAGAAGCCAUUUGAGUGCAAGAUCUGUCACCAGCGAUCCAGGGACUACUCUGCCAUGAUCAAGCACCUGCGUACCCACAACGGAGCGUCGCCCUACCAGUGUACCAUCUGCCAGGACUUCUGCCCCAGCCUGGCAGCCAUGCAGAAACACAUGAAGAGCCACAGACCCGAGGAUGUGCCCCCGGACUGGGGGAUAGAGAAGACCUACCUGUACGUAUGCUACGUCUGAGCAGGACUUAGACACUAAGACACACUAUCCUAUGUGUGGGCAGGUUUUUCAUCUUAUUGUUUCCUCUAAAGAAAAGUAUGUUUCUCAUUUCUGUGGUUUGAUUGGUUUUAUCACGAAUUGCCGCAAUGAUCUGUCAUUACAUUAAACCUGCAUAUGUGUUGAAGGCUGAAAGACUACUGGUCAGGUUACCACAGCAGUGAAAGUGUUGCACUAGAAAGGAUAUUGAGUUCUAUCUGCUGUGACUGUGAUUGUGAGAUGUAGAACCGAACUUCUCUGGUGGAAUUGCAGUACUAUACUACGUAGAUUGAUUGAGAUAAACAAACAUUUCCUCUCUUAUUAUUUCCUGUUAUAGAUUUUUUGGUGUGUUGUUUGUUUUCUGCAUGUUUUACUUGAAUGGCCUCCAUGUGCUUUAUUUAAUUUGCGUCUUAUUUUUCAGUGCGCAUAUUACGCAUAUGAUUUCCCCUACCUGUCAGUUAUUAUUUCUGCUCAUGCUGAUUGACAAGCAUUAAGGUGUAACAGGUUUUGCUAUUUAUGUCAUGCAUCGAUUUUGUUUACGAAAUAGGUUGGUUAUUUUGACCCAACCUCAAGGUCGUUUAUUUUGUUAUUAGAAUAAGCGCUACCUCUUCAAUCUUCAACUUUUGCUCAGAGGCAAUAGCACAUCUUAGAACUGCUGUUUCUCAUCCUGUUUUCAUCCAUCAUCUGUAGCUUUAACUUCAAAUGGCCUUUUAUAUUGGUCAAGCGGUUUUAAAUCUUCUGAGAAUUAAUUCAUGGAAUUGAUUCGUACGGUUGCCUGUUGGGUGGAAAAAAAAGAUUUGAAAGUCUUCAAAGUGACUUUUAUGUGUAGAAUUUCUUAUCAGUAGAAAUAUAGCAGUCUGUUAAAUCACAUAAUUCGAUUUUUCUCUAAGUGAUGAAAAGAAAGAAAAUGUGAAUAAAAGUGUUGUCUUUUUUACUAAAUGUGAAAAGAUGAUUCUGUAAAGUUAAAUCACUAAAAGCAGGUUAUCGUCAGUUGUAAUGUCUGUUUCUGUAAAUGUACAAAAUGUAAUUGUAUCUUAUUUCUAGAAGAGAGCCAAAUGAGGGCUUCUCUGAUUUAAAGAUGUUGUAUUUUUGUAUUAGAGUGAUUUGCAAUUUGUUUACAUUUGUUUUGAUUUAAGAAACAUAUUUUCUUGUGUGUUUUGUAAGUCUCUGGAGUAUGAUUUGAGUAAGAGCCCUCCCUGUGCCUCUUUUAUAAAUGGAGAAUAGAUGUGCUGAAUACAUGUAUAAAGUACAUGUAUGUUGUAUUGAUCGUUGUUGUUCCAUGGUGUUUCUUUAUUGUUAGUGAAGAACAUAUUUUCACUGCUAUGCCAUAGAAGACCCUAUUGUCUAAACAUUGUCAUUUGAAACAAGAUACUUCUAAUGAUUAUGGUAUUAUGCCCCAGGUACCUCAUGCCUCAAAGCAAAGUUUACGAGUGAGAUUUUCUUUCAAAAUGUUCUGUCAUGUCAAAGUAACAUUUGGAUUGUGAAUUUAUCGAAUGGGAAUACAUUUACAGAAAACACAGAAUACAUAGUGGUAUUGUUAAUAAUCUUUAUAAAGCUAGACGUUGGGCAAAUAUGGGUCUAUCUAACACUAUGGUCUUCUAGAACAAACAGCCAACACUCAGUGCCAUGAAAACAAUUAAAAGUACCAACUCAUCUUCAUUGUACUACUAUCUAUUAUAUACUGAACAAAAAUAUAAAUGCAACAUGCAACAAUUUCAAUGAUUUUACUGAGUUACAGUUCAUAUAAG